UUUUAUAUUCGUAUAAUUGACUUUCAGUAUACGUUGACUCGUUGAUCUGUAAGUACAGAAACGCGAGAACACGAGAAAAACAUGUGCCUCCAGAAGAACGUUUCUCUUGCGUGCAACUUUUAAUUCAAAUAGAAAGUUAAGUCGAAGGUGAAAAACGAGGAAUGCAUGGACGAGUUCGUUAACACCAUUCAUUUUAUUAUAAAUGACGUUAUAAUUAAAAGUGUCGUAAUUGACGUCAUGAUAAGAAGUGAUUAGACAAGCGAAUACUACAAACGAGAACAAACAAGCCUGUUAAGAAGAGAUGGAUGCGAAACGUAACGAUGAUGAUAAAGUAUAUCAAAUAGACAACGAUCAUGAGAUUGUCGAUCCAAUGAUUGAUCAUUCUCAGAAUCCAAAUGAAAACCAGGACUCUUGGUUGAAACGUAAUGCACCAUGUUUCUACAUAGAAUUCGAGAAUUUGUCUUACAGUGUGCCUAUCGGUAAAGAAAAACAGAAGAAGAUAUUGCAAAAUGCAACAGGAUGUUUUGAGCCAGGGAAAUUGACGGCCGUGAUUGGUCCAUCUGGUGCAGGCAAAUCGACUUUGUUGAGCAUAAUAUCUGGCGUUAAAUCAUCUAACGUGAAAGGAUCUAUUAAGAUAAACGAUCGCGAAAAGAUAGAUAAGAAUAUAUACCGAAAACAAAUCUGUUACAUACCGCAAGAGUUCAUGUUGCAUCCUUUAUUAACUACGAAAGAAACUCUCUACAUUGCGGCGCGUCUUAAAUUGGGUCGAGGAUAUUCAACAAUAAAGUCACACUUUAUCGUCAAUAAUAUCGCCAAGAGUCUCGGAUUGAUGAAUUGCCUUAAUACGACAGCUGGCAAAUUGAGUGGCGGUGAAAAAAAAAGACUCUUGAUCGGUGUGGAGAUUGUCACAAAACCAGGUGUUUUACUUUUGGAUGAACCUACAAGCGGACUCGACAGUGUAUCCUCUAAUCAGGUCAUCAACCUAUUACAUUCGAUGUCAAAAUCAGGAUGUACAGUAGCUUGUGCGAUUCAUCAACCCAGUAGUCAAAUGAUCUCUGAAUUCGAUAACAUAAUAGUUAUUGGUCAAGGUAGAACUUUAUAUUGCGGUCCACGCGAAAACAUAUUGGACAGUUUCAAGGAAGCUGGAUACAUAUCUCCGCAUUUUUAUAAUGUCGUCGAAUUCGUACUCGAAGUGGUGACUAAUCAAUGUGACGAUAAUUUGAACAAUCUAGCUAAAAUGAAUUCGGUCAAGUAUGUUCAGUGGAAGUCGCAAUACGUGUAUUAUAAAAAUGAGACGGUUGAUACGAAUGGAUCUUUGGAACGAUUAGAGAUGGAUGAGGAAAGUGACUUAGCAAAUGAGAAAUUUCGAAAAUUGUCUGUUUGGGAACAACAAAAGAUUUUAUUAUUACGAUCCUUCAUAUGUAUUAAGCGAGACAAUAUUAUGACAAAACUAAGGUUUAUUGCACAUGUAAUUGUUGCAAUUUUAUUGGGUUCUAUAUUUUACGAUUUUGGUAACGACGCAAAUAAAGUAACCAGCAACAUUUCUUGCAUCUUCUUUUUUUUACUUUUUUUAUUUUUCGCCAACUCAUUGCCAGUCGUCCAAAUAUUUCCCACCGAGGCAUCGGUCUUCUAUCGAGAACAUUUAAAUAAUUGGUAUAGUCUGAUGCCUUAUUAUAUAUCGAAGAUAGUCUCGGAUUUACCGAUACAGUUACUCUGUCCUACCUCCUUUUUUAUUAUAGCAUAUUAUAUGACCGGCCAACCUAUGGAACGAAGUAGUUUAUCGCAAGCUUGGAUAGUUUGCAUUUUGCAUACUAUUAUUGGACAAUCGGUUGGAAUAACAGUGGGUGCAAUAUUCGAUACUCAAAUCGGAACAUUCCUCAUUCCUGCAUUGAGCAUACCGAUGUUUCUAUUCGCGGGUUUCUUUUUGAAACUCAAUGAAAUAUCGUCGUAUUAUCAACCACUUUGUGCGAUCAGUUUUUUCAGGUAUGCCUUCGAAGGUAUCAUGCAAGCAAUUUAUGGUUUUGACAGAAAACCAUUGUCUUGUACGGAAAUAUAUUGUCAUUGGCGUUCUCCUAAUGAAAUUCUAUCAAUGAUGAACAUGCAAUCGAAUUUUUAAGAGCUCUCUUCGAAUAAGCUAUCUGUCAGGAAUUUACCAAGGGAGAUUAUCAGGAGAGUUGAAAAAAUGGUGAAUAACUUAUUCUUUAUAUGACACUGCAAUGGCAGUUCUGGAUUCAGUAUGACCAUCCCUAUUUUUCCAUUCAUACGUGCUGGGAAUAUACUAUCCUGCAACAAAAACGUGC